UGGCAGAACACCUGAUCGCCCAGCACAGCGCCAUCAAGAUGCUGCACAGCCGCGUGCGCCUCAUCCUCGAGUACGUCCGCGCCGCCGAGGCCGGGGAGGUUCCGUUCAACCACGAGAUCCUGCGCGAGGCCUGCGCCCUCUGCCACUGCCUGCCCGUGCUCAGCACCGACAAGUUCAAAACCGACUUCUACGACCAAUGCAACGACGUGGGGCUGAUGGCGUACCUGGGCACCAUCACCAAAACCUGCAACACCAUGAACCAGUUUGUGAAUAAAUUCAACGUUCUCUACGACCGCCAGGGCAUCGGGCGCCGCAUGCGGGGGCUCUUCUUCUGAGACAAAAACACCCAAAAACGGACAGAAACCGCCCAAAAACACCC